AUGUCUUCUACUGUCACUCCGCCCAAUUUGAUUUCAGACGGGCUGUCGUCGCUGGUGUUGUCCAAAAGGUAUCUGGCGUACGCAAGACCGCCGCACCUGUAUAAGCUGGAGCAUGAACAACAACCGGACCCGCAGGAAGCGGUCGUCGACUGGCAGCCAACAGCUUGGGUGCCUACUCCGCUGCAACAGCAGCCGCCAAUACAGAUAACGACUACGCCGCCGGCCGUGCAAGCUCGAUUCGAGCCAUCUGACGUGUUUACGCCGUUAGUGUUUGAGGCGCAGCGACCGCAACAGCCGCCACCGUUGUGGAAACGCACGGCGGAACAAAUGCCUCGCGAAACACACAUAAUGCGGCCCCCGCAACCGCCACACCCGGCCAAAAACUGUAACUAUCGGUCGCCGCAGCCAUCGCCACCCGACCAACAAGCCAACAGACCAGACGAUUUCAGUUGGUUGGUCAACUUUCAGGUGGCGUCGAUUUUCGAAACGAACACGACAGUGACAGCAAUCUGCGGCAAUGCGGACAGCGAUAAUUGGCAUGAACAAGAAGUGCAAAAACAAAAAAGAAAAGUCGCCAAACCCGAACAAAAACCUGUUCAAAAAAUCAAUCGGAAACCAUACAGAUUACCGCCGUCAAGGUUGGACAAAGCCAACAAACCUGGUUACACCUAUACAGAAAUGAUUCAUCAAGCCUUAAUGGAGAAAAAAGAACUUCCUGUAGCAGAAAUUUAUCAUUGGAUAUCGAGUCAUUUUCCAUACUUCCGGGAAGACGAUGAACGCUGGAAGAAUUCAGUUCGUCAUAAUUUGUCUAUAAAUCCGAAUUUUCGGAAAGGACGGAAGUCUCAAGGAGCUGGUCAUUAUUGGAGACUGUGCAAUACCGAAGAAAGUUUAGGACAACGCGAGUACACUACACCUACUGAAGAAGAAGAAACGUCACCAUCGCCACAGGAGUCAUCUGAACUAGAACAGGCUUGUAAAUAUCUGGAAAGCGAACUACAGAGAGAUGAUAGUUUAGACGAUGUCAAACUACAAGCAAGCUUCGACAGCGCAUUAGAUAACGAAAUGUACACCAACUCGUUUUUGAUUUCUAGUCCGGCCAAAUAUGUCGGCGAUCAAAUCAGUAUAUCAAAUAAUGAUUUCCAUUCAUACGGUGCAAACCUAUUGGAAGAGUCUAUAGACUUUCAGUAUUAUAAUUUAUAAUGGACCAGCUCAAAUUUUUUGGUUUUGUAUUUUUACAAGUCAUUAUUUCUUUUAAAUAACUAAGACUGACCAAAACCAAAGUGAUCAUUUUAUAAA